ACAUCCUUCUAUGGCACGAUGAUGUAAGUAUCAGUUAUCAUUCUGUGCAUCAAAAUUGAAAUAGGUAGGUAUAAAAUAUUAUCAAAUAUUUAAUUAUUAAGAACAUUCUAAAUUUUAUGAAGAUCAUGUUAGUUAUUACUAUGGAAAAUCAUAAAAGUAAGUAUUCAAACUCAAUCCUAGUACCUAUAUAGUACCUUCUCUCAUUGGCCAUUAACGUGUUUAUUAUUAUUAUUUAUUAUGUAUUAGUCGAUUAGUGUAUUAUUAGUUAAAAGUAUUAGUUAAAAGCUACCAAUACAUCGUUUAAAAAAAAAUACAUAUAUUGAUUUUCCGCUAUUUUUCAAACACAUUUUGACAUUUUAGAUUAAUUUUAAAAUGGUAUUUUUUUAAGGUCAGCUCAAAUCAUAUUAUUUUGUUUUGCUUUCAGAUCAACGGCGUGACGGUGACGUAGAUAAAACGCAUUUACGUACCUAUAAUUUUUUACGAUUUUUGAGUAACCUUAGUUUUUUAUUAUAAUAAAAAUAAAAAUAAAAAUUUAUUAAAAUUAUAGAGAAUAAUGUUUUUGAGUGUUUAGAAAAAUAAAGUUUUGCAAAUUAAACUAAAUUUAAACGUGUAUUAUAGUGUAUUACAUUGUUUUGAGACAGUAUUUAGACGAAAUUAUAAUAUGUCAAAGCUUCAAAAACAUUAUUCUCUAAAAUUUUUUUAAUGGGUGAUUUUACUCAGUUUUCUUAGGUACAUUAAAAAAUUAUUUUGUGUGAAUAUGUCUUGUCUAUGUUUCACGUGGAGCCAGAGAGAGAAAACAAAAAGUGCGCUCAGAAUCUAAAAUUGGCGCCGUGGCGGCAGUAGCUCACUGGACGUACAGACGUGUUCGUUGUGCGCUCGUCGAAUACCAUCAUCUGCACUGCCACUGCGUAACUUUAUAACAUAAGUCAUAAAUUCAUAACACUUCUCGUAGACGCACCCCAUCGAAUUUACGCGCGCUGUGUACCAGUAGUCAGUACCUACCUACCUAAUACGUACUUGAACUUGAAUACGUUGUAUCCAGUGUGUUGUUAGACAACCGAUCGCGUACGAGACCAUACCGCGGAAACCGUUCUUAAACACCAAAAUAAUGUUCGUGAUGGAAAAAACGAAAUCGUUAAACUUGCGGUACAACGAAAUGUGUAAUGACUGGGACGGCUUACAUGAGUGCAUAGAUCCCAUGAAGUACGAGCACGGACAGUUGGUGCUGUCUUGGAAAAGACUGAACGUGUCAGUAAAAAAAAUCACACAGAAGUUUUUUCAAAAAUCAAAAAUCACUCGCCAACAAAUACUGUACAACGUUAGUGGAAACGUACAAUGUGGAAAUCUUCUAGGAAUAAUGGGCCCAAGUGGUUCGGGAAAAACUACUUUGAUGGCCACCAUAAGUCAUCGAACUAAAGGAAAUUUUGAAGGAGAACUGUUAUUGAACGGUCGUCCGGUGUCCGAAGAAGUGAUGAUUAAAAUAUCCGGUUUCGUUCCGCAACACGACAUCACCUUUGAGCAGCUGACGACUUUGGAACACUUAUAUUUAAUGGCGAAUUUAAAAAUGGAUCGCCGCACGACCAAAACCGCGCUAAAAGCUCGCGUCGACUAUACGGUCAUUGCAUUGGGCAUGCGCGAAUUUCUGGACACCACUCUGUCGAUGUUAUCCGGCGGUGAGCGUAAGAAAGUCGCACUCGCCGUCCAGCUGCUGAACGACCCUCCGAUACUGUUUUGCGACGAGGUCACUACGGGCCUGGACAGCUAUUCGGCCACGCACAUAGUCAACACGCUAAAGCGGAUCGCGCGAACCGGUAAAAUCGUGAUCUGCACAAUCCACCAGCCCGCGUCCGGCGUGUUCGACAAGUUCGACGAAAUCAUUUUGCUGUCCAACGGACGACUGGCGUACCAGGGACCCAUUCCAAUGAUUAAUCAACUGUUUCAAAAAUUUAAUUACAAAUGCCCGGAUUUGUACAACAAGGCAGAUUUUGUGAUUUCUAUUAUGAAUUCCGAUAGUGAACAAACAAAAAGAAAUGUUGAUGAAAUGUGCAAAUUAUCUUCAACGGACAAACAAACGGAUCUUAAUUAUGAUUUAUUUAAUGACCAAAUACUAUUGGAUUAUACUCAACAUUUAAAAAUACAAAAAUCAUUAUGGAUUACACAGCUAAUAUUGAUUUUAAACAGAUCUAUCAUAUGUCUUCUAAGAAAUUACAAAGUAAAGCUACUGGAAUUGGGAACUAUAAUGUUUCUUGGUGUCAUAUUGUCAACGCCAUAUCUGGACCUGAAGUUUGAUACCAAAGCCGUACAAAAUUGGCAAGGGUUUUGGUUCAGUCUAAUUACGAAUUCUAUUUUCCAAUAUUGUUAUACGUCCAUUAUAACCUACCAAGCCGAAUUUCCAGUUGUCCACCGAGAAGUCAGUAACAAUAUUUAUGCAUUGAGUGUAUAUUAUAUUUCUCAAAUUGUCAUUACGUUCAUUUGGACAGUUCUUGAAACGAUGGUGUACACAUAUUUGGUGUUUUGGGUAGUAGGCGUUGACUGGGAGCUAUUGAUUGUGACAACGUUCGUGAUAAAUAUGUUGAUAUGUAGAUCAUAUGGUAGUGUUCUAUCAGCUUUUUUCGAUGAAUUCGAAAAUAUUGUUAUAUUUUCAUUGGUGUACGAUUAUCUUGCAGUAUCACUUUGUGGCGCAUACAUUUCACUUGGAACAUUACCAUUUAUAUUGUAUUAUUUGAAAUAUUUUUCAAUAUUUUUUCUUGGCUGUGAAACAUUAUCCAUAUUACAAUGGCGAGACAUCACAUUCAUACCAUGCCUAGAUGUUGAUAACUGCUUGCGCAACGGCAAGGAAGUCUUGUUGAGUUACGGCUACGACAUUGAUCGAUUCAACACGGAUAUCAUAAUUUUAGGAUCCUUUUAUGUUCUUUUGUAUGUGCUUGGAUAUUACGGAUUACUUAGGAGAACAAAAAAACAACCAGCUUAUUGAAAGAAGACUUAUAUAGAUAAUUUUGUUUUUACUGUUGUGUAUAGGUGUUUAGGUUUACUCAAUAGAUGCAUUCAUUACUAAUCCAUGAUUUAAUGUAUCGAGUUAUACCAUUAGCCCUAAAUAUAUAUCAACAUCAUUAUAAAUGAUAUAUAAUCGUGUAUAAUAUUAUGUUAAAAUGAGUUGUGCACAAAUAUAUAUGGUACGUUAUUGUAUUGGCGAGAUUUUAUUAUUUGCCUUGUUAAAAUCGUUUAACGUUAAUCGUAUUUAUUAUUAACUACUAAGUAAUAAUAAUAAUAAUUUAUUUUAUAUUAUCA